CUCCCCAUUGUCGGCGCCUGCGGCGAUGGCGAAGAAUUCUCGCAAGGUACUGCAUGUGCAGCACCCGAUGCAGCAGCUGCAUGCCGAUGCUUUUCCGGAGCAUACGCAGUAACAAUACCUAGGUAUAUCUAGGAAGAGUGGUAUGGGCUCGCCCGCUUGGCCGUCUAUCCACUCAUCUCGUCCAUGAUUCUUGGCCAUCGGAACUGCUUCGGAAUCUCACAGUCUUUUUGAGCUCAAAAUUAGAACAAGUACGAUGCGCAUCCUCAUUACGGGCGCGGCUGGCUUCAUCGGCCAGCUUGUCGCAAAGAAGCUCCUCAACGAUGAACACAACUCGCACUCACUCAUCCUUACCGACAUCAUCGAGCCUCCUAUUCCUUCCGAAUCGAGAUGUGCGGGCCGAGCGAAAGCCAUCAAGGCUGAUUUAUGCACACAGUCGAGCCUCGUCGUCACCCAGGACAUCGAGGCCGUCUACGUCUUCCACGGCAUCAUGUCCUCAGGCGCUGAGGCGGACUUUGAGCUCGGAAUGAAAGCGAACUUCGAUGCUACGCGCGCGCUUCUCGAAACUAUUAGGAAGACGUGCCCCGGCGCAAGAGUAAUUUACGCCUCUAGUCAAGCGGUCUACAACAAUUCCGUCACAAUGCCCGUCACAGAAGCCCAGAUGCCCACGCCGGAGACGAGCUAUGGUGCCGAGAAGAUGAUGUGCGAGUACCUCGUCGCGGAGUACACCCGCCGAGGUUUCAUCGAUGGGAUAUCGCUCCGAUUUCCCACUGUCUCUGUCAGACCUGGCAAGCCCACAGCAGCGGCGAGCUCGUUUCUCAGUGGCAUGAUUCGAGAGCCCAUGAAUGGGGCGAAAUGCGUCAUUCCGAUCGCAGAUAGGCAGUGGAGACACUGGCUUUGCUCGCCACGAGUCCUGGUCCGAAAUCUGGUCUAUUGUGCCAUCGAGCUCGAUCUUAACAGACUAGCCAAAUUCGACCGGAGUCUGAAUGUCCCUGGCAUCGGUGUAUCGAUACAAGACAUGAUGGACUCGCUGGCUAGAGUCGGCGGGAAGGACAAGCUUGACUUGCUUGAGCAGAAGGAAGAGCCCACACUGAAGAAGAUUUUAUAUUCAUGGCCCGCGGAUUUCGAUAACACAAAGGCGUUGGAGCUUGGAUUCCAGAGGGAUACGGGGUUUGAUGAGAUCGUGAGGGAUUAUAAGGAAGGUCUGGCGCCGAAGGUGAACGGGCAUGUGAAUGGAGAAAGUGUGAUCGGAAUUUCCGACGAGAAGGCUCUCCCGCUGAAGGUAAAUGCGAUACAGGUCGAAGCCGCAGUGUGAAGUGGUAG